UGGGGGCGGGGCCAGUGUGCGCGCAGGGACGUUACGUCGUGACGCAGCGGAGGGGUUGAGUGGGUCCUCCCCACUCUUCCUCCACCUCCUCCUCCUCCUCCGCGCCCCGCCGGACGGUGACAGAGCGGCAGAGCCCGCCGCGAGCGCUGCGCCGGAGCUCCUGGGCCGUCGCCAGGGCUCGGGGGGGGCAGCCGGCGCUGCCGCCGGCCAUGGUGGCCCGCCCGCCGCGGCGGGGGCAGGAGCAGGCGCGGCGGCGGCGGCCGCCAUUGCGCGCGGGGGCCGCGGGACUAUGAAGGAUGGAAGCGGACGAGGUGACCAUCCGCGAGCAGAACUUCCACAGCCAAGUGCGGGAGUACACGAUCUGUUUUCUCCUAUUUGCUGUUCUCUACAUAGUUUCCUACUUCAUAAUCACAAGAUACAAGAGAAAAGCAGAUGAGCAAGAGGAUGAAGAUGCCAUUGUUAACAGAAUUUCGCUGUUCUUGAGCACCUUCACUCUAGCAGUUUCAGCUGGCGCAGUCCUGCUUCUGCCCUUCUCAAUAAUCAGCAAUGAGAUCCUGCUCUCUUUUCCACAAAACUACUAUAUUCAGUGGUUAAAUGGCUCACUAAUUCAUGGCUUGUGGAAUCUUGCUUCUCUUUUUUCCAAUUUAUGUUUGUUUGUGUUGAUGCCCUUUGCCUUUUUCUUUCUGGAAUCGGAAGGAUUUGCUGGCUUAAAAAAGGGAAUCAGAGCACGCAUUUUGGAAACUCUCGUAAUGCUUAUUCUUCUUGCACUGCUUAUCCUUGGAAUCGUAUGGGUUGCUUCGGCUCUCAUAGACAAUGAUGCUGCCAGUAUGGAGUCUUUGUAUGAUCUCUGGGAAUUCUACCUCCCAUAUUUGUAUUCCUGUAUAUCACUGAUGGGAUGCUUGUUACUUCUGUUAUGCACACCAGUGGGGCUUUCACGGAUGUUUACAGUAAUGGGCCAGUUGCUGGUGAAGCCAACAAUCCUUGAAGACCUAGAUGAGCAGAUGUAUAUCAUCACUUUAGAAGAAGAAGCAAUUCAGAGGAGGCUUAAUGGUAUAUCUUCCACAGUGGAAUAUCAGACAGCAGAGUUGGAACGGGAGCUUGAAAAAGUGAAAAGCAAGAAAACAAAUCUAGAGCGGCGGAAGAAAGCUUCUGCUUGGGAAAGGAAUUUAGUCUAUCCAGCUGUUAUGAUACUGCUGCUGAUUGAGACGUCCAUCUCAGUCCUCUUGGUUGCUCUCAACAUUCUUUACCUGUUGGUUGAUGAGACUGCAAUGCCAAAGGGAUCAGGGGGGCCUGGAAUAGGAAAUGCCUCCCUGUCCACUUUUGGUUUUGUGGGAGCAGCACUUGAAAUCAUUUUGAUUUUCUAUCUUAUGGUAUCUUCUGUCGUCGGCUUCUACAGUCUUCGUUUUUUUGAAAAUUUCACUCCCAGGAAGGAUGACACAACUAUGACAAAGAUCAUUGGAAACUGUGUGUCAAUCCUGGUGCUGAGCUCUGCUUUGCCAGUCAUGUCAAGAACGCUGGGAAUUACCAGAUUCGAUCUUCUUGGAGACUUUGGAAGGUUUAACUGGCUGGGAAACUUCUAUAUUGUAUUAUCUUACAACUUGCUCUUUGCUACCUUGACAACAUUGUGUCUGGUCAGAAAGUUCACCUCUGCUGUGCGAGAAGAGCUCCUGAAGGCAUUAGGAUUAGAUAAACUUCAUCUGUCGAACAAUCCAAGAGACUCGGAGGCAAAGCCUUCUGCAAAUGGGCAUCAGAAAACACUGUGAUGAACAAUCAUCUGCAAUCAACAGAGCUGAAAACAUCAAUCUCAUGCCAUUCCCAUCAUCUCAUCAGCAUUUCUAUGUUGAUUUUACUUGUUGAUAGUGUGGGUCCAACCUCGUCUCAUCUUUUGAUGCUGUGAGCUUCUGAGGAAGUUAGCUGUAUCAGAUUCUCCUCUUUCCAGUUAACUUUUGGUCUGCUUGUAAAUUUUCCAGUAAGUUAAUGCAGGAGGUGCCUUGAAGACUGGAAGCUGAAGAGAAUAAUGCAUUCCUUUUUAUUUUUUGACAAUUUCAUAUCUGUGGGUAUUAACUUGCUACCAUUAAAGUGCACAGUACCUCCUGUUGUAAUACAGAAAUAGCUAUAAAGAAUAACUUUGUGGACUCGAUUUAAAAAAAUACACUUGAAGUCUAUGACCCUUACUGGAAACGUAAACUACCUAGAGGAGGUAUCCUUGACAGUAGAUGAACAGUUCCACUAAGAACAUGUUGCAAAAUGAGAACAACCAGUAGAGAUCACAAUUCCUUUCUUGUAGGAUUCAGUAGGCUGUUUAUAGUUGAAUACUAAGCUUUCUUGGGAGGCCAGCGUUUUCAGCUUUCUGUUCUUAGCUCUAAAUGUCAGGUUGCUUUACUGGUAGACAAUGUCUUAUUGACUAGUGAACCACAAGAUGAAGAUUAACUUCAGGGUUAAAUCUGAGCCUAGUAUGCUUUGUAAAAAGCUAUGUAGACCCCUAGUCGCAGCUCUUACGGUUCUGUAAGCUGUUGUGCCAUGGAGGUCGGUACCCUACCAAGUACGCCCCUGGAAAAUUCUCAAUGAACUUCUGUGUAUCAGCAGUACUUGGAAUCAAUGCAAGUCGCAUAGGCCUAGGAGGCUGCAAUUGCACAGUUUUUUACAAUCUUCUUUAAUUUGAAGUAAAUUAUUUCUCUGAAUUUAUACUAUAGUUAUCAGGAUUUCUGUUCUGUUGCAUAAUCCAGUAUCUUUCAUUAGUCUGUUUUUUAAUGUAUAGACAUGAACAUGUAUAUAGGCCUGUAUGUGUAGAUACCGUAAAUUACAUUCUAAGCUUAUAGAAAUGAUGUAGGUCACUUGGUAAGUAAAACUUGCGUGUUCAAUCUUGCUAGUACAAAUUUCUGCAAUGUUACAAUUCAGCUGCUCAGAGGCCUUAGAUUCAGAAUGGCAUCAGUGGGUGGUAAUGUCCUUUUCCUUAGCAUUACUGCUGCUUUAGGAAUCCUAUAAGCAGUUUAUAAAAACAAAACACCACCACCAAAAACCCAAGGCAUUAUUCAAAAUCUGUUUUCACUUUUGUCCUGUUUUGCUGCAAGUAAUCUUCAAACAGGUUUGAAUGGGGACGACUUCAGUACUGCCUGUUAUGCAGUGGGUCAGUCAAUAUUGCUGUUUAUCUCCUGUUUCUGUAAAACCAAAAUAGUCUGUCUGAAGUUUGAGGUCUUAUACUUAACCAAACUGUGACGACUAGUUCUUCAGCGUGGCUCUGAAAAGAGAGAAACCUUGUGUCAGAAACUUUUUGGCUGUUUUCCUGAGAUGACUACACUGGGCUGUAGACCUUAUUGCUGUGUGACUGUGACUUUUUCUUUUUUGAUUCUUUUUUUUUUUUCUGGAGUGUUUCAAAAAGUGAGCUCCAGUAUACAUGAGGAUUUCUCAGUUUUUUGGGGCUGCCUUUUCUGACUUGAACUGAGACAAUGUAAAUACUGCUGUAGUAAAUAUGCUAGAGAGUUGCUGCUUUUUUGUGUGUCAUUAGUAUAAAUUCAAGGCUAAUUAAACUGACUAUUGAUGUGUUGUACUGAGUCUUGGAAGACUUAAAGUAAAAUUGCUUGAUUUCAUUAAGAUUUACAAGCAUCUCUUAUGUUGUUUGCAUUUAAUGCUGAAAUUUUGGACAGAAAUCUUUUUUUCCCCGAGUCAAAGUUCCCCAACCAAGAACGGGGAGUUAUAAUUAAAAGGGUUUUUUUUUUUUGGGGGGGGGGGUGUUGUUUGUUUUUUGUUUUUAAAUCAGUUUACAUUUAAAACAUCAGGAGAUUUAUUAGGGGCAUCAUUCAGGUAUUCAGAGCUUGUAGCCUUAUGUGCUAGCAUUGCAGUUACAAAUAACUGAAAUGUAUCCACUUGUCCAUGCAAGUGAUAGUAUGACCAAAAUUAUCCUAGUGUCUUAACGGGGCUGGUGAAUUGUGGUAUAUAGUGAGAUUUGUUAUUGUUAUUAAAGUAUUUCUGUUAGGAGCUUAAGACAGUUAUUUCAAUACACUCUCUGAAUGAAUGAGUUUAAGGAAGAAAUCUAAAGAGUGUGAGCCAGCAUAGGUCUCAGUCUCCACUCUUUUCCCAGUAGUCAAACUGAUGUGACUCUUUGGAUUGAUAUUUGCCCUGGCAUCAGUAAUCCAAAAACCCAGGAACAGAGAUUAUAAUGUAUAUGUGAUUUCAAAAAGUGAAUGGCAUUAUCUUAAAUUGAGCAGAGGCUCUUCCUGCUGAUAAGGAUGGAAGUUUAGUGAGAUUUCAAAGCUUAUCUAUUUUGGGGGGGGGGGGGGAAGUUGUGGCCUUGCCUGCUCCCACCCCUGCUACUGAAUUCUGUAGUCGGAGAUAUGUAUGGGUUAAGAUUACUUAAGUGAAGAUUCUACACUGAAAUAUGGAGGUUGGUUAAGAUCCUGUGGUUUCUACGGUGGAUUAGUCUGUAGAAAAAUUCAGAACUACCCUGUGCAGUUACUGACAGUGUUUUAAAUUCAACUGUUGAGACACUGUCCAUGUUAAAAUACUUGUUUGGCCUCAAAAAUGACAUUGCUUAUGCAAAGCUUCUUACAAAUACAAUGCUACUUUCAGAUAUACUGAGUGUAAGAUACAGGUCACUAUAUAUUUUUCACAGAAGCAUAUAUUCACUUAAAUACGAGCAACUGGUAAUUCAUUAAUGGAUAUUAACAAUACAUUCCUAGUAUUUUUGACUCAUGUAGAGUCAGGUGGUCUAUACCUUCAAGGUAUAUACAGCUGAUCUUAGUAACAUCAACAUCUGCCUCAUUUCUUAUGAGGCAAAAGCACAUAAAUGUUCCAUCUUAAACUAGAUACCACACAUCAGACCAAAAAAAAGUAAAUUGUUUCAAGUUAGCCAUUUCUUGGCUUUGUUCUGUGUUGGUAGCACAGUAUUAAAUACAGUGGCAGAAUUGUAAUAUUGUGGGAUUUUUUCAGUGUAAAGCACACCUUCAAUAUUUAACACUUUAAGCUUAAAAAAGUAUGGUUUACUGUACAAGUAAGUUUUUUGCAUUCAUAGAAAACUUUGUUUACUGUCUGUAAUGUGAUACUUAUCUUUGGCCCUGUUUCUCCAGUAUCUUUUACCCUGUUGACUGUUUUACAGUGUCAUAGAAAUUAAAGGAUUUGUCAAGA